AUGGAUUUCUUAUCUCCUGAAAAUGCUUGCGGACAAAGUCUUUUGAUUUUGGUUGCAAGAGGAAGCUCUCUGAAAACAUACCCAAGAUUAUUACUAGCAAAGCAUAAGAAUACAAAAAAUAUGAGAAAAUCUUAUUUGACUUUGAAUACUUAAAAAAAUAUUGAUGUUCUUGAAGAUGAGAUUUAAAGAAACUAAGAAAUUAAUGAAUUGGAUGAAAAUUUUAAGAAAUCGUAUUUACCAUUAGUAGAAAGAUUUUAUAGAUUAUUUGAAAGCAUCUAUUUGUAUUAUUCAGAUUUGAUGGCAUUUAUACAAGAAUUAGAGGAAGCAGUUUUUAUGCAAUAUUCUGUUGAGACUGUAUUGUAAGAUUCUGAAGGGAAAAGGUUAUUUGCGGAAUCGUUUUAUUUAUAUGGAUGCAUGCUCUUAUUGAUGGACAGUUUAAUACCAGGAAAGGCAAGAGAAAAACUAAUCAUCUCCUAUUAUAGAUAUAAGGGUGGUUAAACGGCAAUAGAGUUCAUUAAUGAAGUUACUAAGCUGUGUGCUGAAACUGGGUAUUCAAAAAAUGGCACUCGUCCUGCCUUUUACCCUGAAGAAUAUAUGGCUAGAUUUUAAUUACCUGAGAAACUCAUAACAGAAGUGAUCAAUUCUAUUAAAGAUGAAGAUAUCUAUAAAUUUACUAGCAUUUAUCCAUCAGCUGACCAUAGAUCAAUCGCUUUAUCAGUCUAGGGGUCAAUGUUGUAUGUAUUGCUGUUUUUCACACCAACCAUAUUGAAUAAUAAAAAGUCGAAAAUGAGAGAAAUUGUUGACAAACAUUUUUAUGAUUAAUGGGUGAUAUCAUUUUAUUUGGGUUAUUUUGUCGAUUUAUCUGAAUAAUGGAAUCCAUAUCCAGCAGCCAGAGAAGCAAUAAAAAACACAAUCAAUUUUGAAUAUAUUCAAGAAUUAGGAGCGUUCUAUCAAACUAAACUAACAGAAUAAGUUAAUAAAGUUCAAGAGUAUCUUUAUGAAGGAUAAAUGACCUAAGAAUUUGUUCUCGAUAAAAUAUCAUCUCUAAUGAACUGUGUUAGAGAAAGUAAUAUAGCCAUUAGAUGGAUUUUACUGCAUUCUAAUACAACAAUUUCAAAAGCAAGAGAUUUGUUGAAUAAAAUUGAUAAAUAAGAAGUUUUACAGUUACUUUUGUAGAGUUCGAAAUUUGAAAAUCGUUUAUUGAAAGCAAUUAAAGCAAUCAUAGAUAAUAAAUAAUAGUAUUGGGAUGAGGAUAAAGUUAAAUGUGUUGAGAGAAUGCAAGAAUUAUCUGAUUAUUUUAGUGGAAAGGCUUUGGGGAAGGUUAAAGCAGAUGAAUCAUAUACGUAAUGGUUUAUUGAGAUGGGUAACUAAAUAUAAUCUUUAAAUUACAGUGAUAGUACUCAUGCAGGAAGGAAAAUUCAAAGAUUAAUUUAAGCAUUAGAAGAUAUAGAAUAAUAUCCUCAAAUCUCAACAUCCAUAUAAGUUAAACAUUAUUUAAAUGAAACCAGAAAAGAUUUAACACAUAUGGUCAAAAUUGUUCAUAUCAAGAGCACUCUCCCCUCACAUAUUUCUUAUAUUGCAGAUUUCAGUUACUCAUGGCAAUGCUUAAAAGGAUACAAAGAUCUCAUGUAAGCUAAAGUUUAGAGCAAUCCUCAUUCUGCUCUCAGUCUUAAAACUACUUUCUAAAAACUAUCUUCAAUUUUAAAUACCCCUACUAUUCGUAUCAUAUAAGCUGGAAGUCCAGAUUUAAAUAGUGUCACAAAAUACUAUUCUGGAGAACUAGUUAAAUUUGUUAAAGAAGUUCUUCAAAUUAUUCCUAUUUAAGUUUUCGAAGUACUCCAAGAUAUUAUUACAUUAAUUACAUCUGUAUUGAAACCACUUCCUUCCAGAAUUAAUAAAAUAGAGUUGAAGGAUUACGCUUAAUAUGAAGAUAGAACUCAAAUAGCAAAGUUGACAAAUUCAAUUUCUGUCUUUACAGAAUCAAUUUUGACAGUUGAUCCCUAUUUAUUAGGAUCGAUAGAAGUGAAUCCUAGAGAAAUGCUUGAUUAAGGUAUUAGAAAAGAAUUGAUGGCAUUAAUUCAUAAAAUCCUUGAUUCUUAAUUGAUAUUUCCAAAAAAAGAUGUUUCUGAUUUUUAAACCAAACUAUCUAAAUUAGGAGAGGAAAUCAAUGGGUUCAAAUUAGCUAUGGAACAAAUAUAGGAUUUUGUUAAUGCAUAAGGACUAAAGAUGUUCACAGAGGAAUUUAAUAGGUUGAUAGAAUGCUACACUUCAAUGGAACUUAAAGGUUUGAUUACUGGGAAUAAAGAGUACGAAGAAUUAAGUUACGACGAAGAUAUUCCUAUGCCAGAUGAAAAAAGCAAACAGUAUGGGGCUAUCAAUUUUAUUGGAAGACUAUUGAACUAAAUAAUUUUGAUAACAAACCCAAGAGAUAUAGUAUUUGUUGAAUCAACACUAGGAUUUUAUGAUAGUAAUGGAAAAGAUGUGUUAAAUCUAAAAACUAUAGGAUUAAUAUUGAAGUGUAUCGGCGUUAGUGGAUUAAAUGGAAUUGAUUUGUUACUUAGUUAACACCUAUCAAAGACAGUGAAAGAUAUUGUUAAAAUAUUAAAGCUUGAGCUAAACUAAGAAAAUAGGAAUAUUAUUGAUACUCUCAUUAAAUAAGUGAGGUUAUUUACAAAUUAUGACGAAAACUAUGAUAAAGUUUAUAAAUAAUUGACGAAGCAGUUUAGACCUCUCAUUUCUAAAAUCAUUUAUCCUCUCUAAUAGAUUGGAUAAUACAUAAAUUUAAGGAAGUUAAUUUGUUUGGUGUUAUCAAUGAAGGCUAAGGUUGGAUCAACUAAAUUAUUCUUAUGUUUAGAGACUCUAAAUAAUACUAUAAUAAAUGAUUUCAUCAAUCGAUAGUAUGAUUCUACUAUGGAAUCUGAUAUUAAAACAUAAAUGGAAAAUAACUUGUUGUUUGAUCUCACAAAGCUUUUCAAUUAUGUUGGGCUAUCUGAUCCUCUCAGAAAAAUAUAUGCCUUAUGCGAAAUGCCUGAGCAUACUCCAUUAAUUUUAGCUCUAGUGAUUUUGCACCAAUUGCCUUUGAUGGAUUUUGAUAAAAAAUUGAAUUGCCUAAUAAAGAAAGCAAAGGAUACUCAAUUUUAAUAUGAACCAAAUUGCUUGUUGAUGGGCAUCAUUGGAUUUUUGAACCAAUUUAAUUAAUUGCAUUCAUCCUUGUUUGUUUCGUAUUUAGGAUUUUACGUAAAAUCAACUAUCUUCUUUAUGUUACAAUCGAAAGAACUACAAAAAUAACCUGAGAUUCUAGGGGACUUCUUUAUGCUAUUAACAGUAAUCGAAGAGAUUUUCAGAAUCAAAGAAGAUAACUAUGAAAAUUUUAAAUAAUUAAUUCCUUUUGGAUUAUUCAACUAUUUGAAGAGAGACAUGAUAAAAUGGUGAAAGAACAGUAUUAAAACAACAUAAAUAUUAAAAUAAGGAAUAUUAUUAAUUAUAAUUGUAUUAUUUUUUU